AUGUCGACAUUCAACGGACUUGUCGCAGAGUUUCCUGACAUCCGAAGUGAGCUGCCGAACCCUGGAAGGGACAUCACGGGCGUGCACUCACCAUCCGCGUCCACACGGGAGAUGCUCCUCCGUCUCGAGCGCUACCCCUGUCGCAUCAACCACGCCAAAGGUAUCCUCGAGGCACGUGUGCAGACAUACAAGCAUCUGAAGAAUCUCCUCAAGACGCUGCCCUUGGAGACACCCACCACUUUGGAGCUUGCACCGGGCAGCCACAUCCAAGUCACCCUGUUCGACGCGAACCACUGCCCUGGGGCUGUUAUGUUCCUCAUAGAGGACUUACAUCACGCCAUUCUUUACACUGGCGACGUCCGGAGCGAACCUUGGUUCGUCAACUCAAUCGCCAGAAACCCAGCAGUCAUCGAGUACACCUUUGGCCUUAAGGUUCUCGAUAAGAUCUACCUCGACACCUCCUUCAUCAAGGACGUACCGUUCCAAACAAAAGCCGAGGGAAUUGCAGAGUUGCUCCAGAAGGUGGCCUUGUACCCUAAUGACACCAUUUUCCACAUCCAAGCAUGGACCUACGGAUAUGAACAGGUCUGGAUCGCCUUAUCCAAGGCUUUGAAGUCCCGUAUUCAUGUCGACGAUUACAAGAUGCGCAUGUUCUCUUCCUUGACCGGGAAGACAUCCGACGGCCGCUUCGGUUCGUCAAUUCAUCUAUGCCCUGAAGCCCCUGCCCUGGCCGGCUACCUGUGA